AAUAUUGUUCCUGGUGCAGGUGAACUGAGUGAAGGAAGUGUAAAACACGUAAUGAGACAGAAAGCAAAGGAACACAAAGAAAUACAUUAGAAACACUUCAUCUCUGAUGGAACUAUAAAGAAUAAUAAUACAAGCAUUUGUUGACUAGUUUGGCUUAACAAACAUGGGUUGCCCACUAAAUUUUGGACAUAUUGAAUCUUGAAUCCUAGAAGUAUUUGGAUGUUAGUUCUAACUCAUAGAAAAAAUAUUUUCCCACUCAGUAUCGUGUGUAGACUAAAUUAACGGUUCCUGACACAGAAAACCACCCAUGUCUUCACAAAAGCCAUAAAUACCUUCUGUAUCUUUAAAAUUUGACGUUUGUUAACAGAAAAUUCAAAACCAGUUUCAGUUAUCCAACAACAGGUGACGGCUUGUAUGUAAUACCCCCUUCUCACCACUAGAUGUCCUCGUUAUCACAAGAAAGAAAAGGAGCUCAGCCACAACAGGUGAUAAACAAGUCAUACGGAACAGUUUCAUUUCAUGCACUUCAACGUGAGCUCUGGUGUUUGUCUCAGAGGAUUACAAAGCCAGACGCUGAAUGAUAAUAAAACUUUUCACAGAUGAACGCUUAUCACCGUGUAAAUGCACUUCUUAGUCUGUUUGGAUCACACAAGAUCAAUGGACCAAACACAGCAAUUAGUUUGCAGCGUUAUGACAUGCUUUGAGCUCUCAGUCCUGGUGGAGACUGAUGUUCAGUAAGGUCCUGUUUGUCUGGAAGUUUCCCUUCUUUCAUUUUCCAUCAACGCGUUCAUCAUAUCAUCUGACGAAUGUCUCAUUUUCACACUGGCUGAAGCACUGGCUGUGUGCUUCGGCCGAGUCGUUUUCAGUAAACUGCUCCUUUUUUCCUGGAGCAGGCCCACACAACUCCACAUAUGGCCAUCUUGUCUCCGCCCAGCUACACCAGACUCCCGCUGUGGUUAUCUCUCCGCCCAAUGCGUGAGUCUGGACUGGGAGAUAACAGUGGAAACUGGGCAGGGUCUGCCAGCACAUGAAAGCAGCCUCGAUGCGUGCGCACGGCGCCUUCUCUUCAGUGCGCUGACGAGCCGCGGCGCCGAUCCGAGGCUUUUAAACUGCGCUCAACUUCGACUCCGUGUGACACUCCCGGUUCCUGUGGGCGUCGCUGCGCUGAUAGCGGCGUUGAUCAACUUUGGGAAGUAUGAGGAUUUGCUGUGAGAGCUGAGGAGGAAUGCGCGGAUUUGGUGGCUUUGCCGUAUGUGUUUUUCUUCUCAGCGGUACAUUGCUGUGACUUCGGUCAACCCGCGUUGCUCAUCGGCGUCGACAGUCGACAGUGAAUAUGCAGCAUGACAUGUAGUCGCACCUCGGCCUCUGACAGACUGUUUACCUACGAGUUUGCUCGUCUGUUGCCUGUGCAGGGGCUUCAUGGGUAACCGUCGUGCGUAACGCUGGCUCUCCAUGGAGGACUGGCGGAGGAGCCGCUCAUCACAACCCACACUUUGAGACAGUGAGUGAUACUCGAACCAAGAUGAGUCAAGACCAGGACGGGAUAUCCUUACCGGUGCCGUGUUUCGGUGCUUGUACCGGCAGAGAGCGGCUCGGCGGUGAAGGCACGAGCAGCAGCGGCGGCGGCGGCGGCGGUGGUGGUUGUAGUAGUGGAGGUGGAGCAGGCGGCGCCUCCGGGAUCCCCGCAGCCGGGACUUUCUGGCAGGACUCGGUCGUCGGCGGCGUGGGGCUCAGCCCCACCGCCGGGAGCUGUCCACUGGACGGCGGCAGCUUGCUCUCCACCGGGAAAUCGUGCAAAAGUAGGCCGGUGACGGUGGCCUAUGUGGUGAACGGAGAGGCGAGCCAGCAGAUCUACGCGGAGAGCAUGGCCCUGCAGUGCCUGAAGGACGCCUGUGAUACGGUGGGCAGCAAGCUGGAGACGGUGAACUUUGGUAAACUGGACUUCGGGGAGACCACCGUGCUGGACAGCUUCUACAAUGCAGACAUAGCUGUCGUGGAGAUGACAGAUGCCUUCCGCCAGCCGUCACUCUUCUACCACCUGGGAGUCCGAGAGAGCUUCAGCAUGGCCAACAACAUCAUCCUGUACUGCGACACUAACUCCGACUCGCUCCAGUCCCUGCAGGAGAUAAUUUGCCAGAAGAACACUACAUGCUCAGCCAACUACACCUUCAUCCCGUACAUGGUGACGCCCCACAACAAGGUGUACUGCUGUGAGAGCAGCCUGAUGAAGGGCCUGACCGAGCUGAUGCAGCCCAGCUUCGAGAUGCUGCUGGGGCCCAUCUGCAUGCCGCUGCUCGACCGCUUCAUCCAGCUGCUCAAAGUGUCACAGGCCAACUCCCACCAGUAUUUCCGUGAGACGAUUCUGAAUGAGAUCCGCAAGGCUCGGGAGUUGUACACUGGCAAGGAGCUGGCUGCCGAACUGAACCGCAUCCAGCAGCGGCUGGACAACGUGGAGUGCCUGUCGGUCGACAUCGUCAUCAACCUGCUGCUGACAUACAGGGACAUCCAGGAUUACGAGUCCAUCGUGAAGCUGGUGGAGACGCUGGAGAAGCUCCCGACCUUUGACCCCGUGGCUCAUCCACAUGUGAAGUUCCACUACGCCUUUGCACUGAAUCGGAGGAACCUGCUGGGCGACAGACAGAAGGCUCUGGACAUAAUGCUGCCCCUGGUGGAGGGCGAGGAGCAGGUAGCCUCAGACAUCUACUGCCUGGUGGGUCGGAUCUAUAAGGACACAUUCCUGGAGUCUCACUUCACCGACACACAGAGCAGAGACAGCGGGACAUACUGGUUUAAAAAGGGGUUUGAGUCUGAGCCAACACUACACUCUGGUAUAAACUAUGCUGUUCUACUCCUGGCAGCAGGACACCAGUUUGACACAUCUUUCGAGCUUCGCAAAGUGGGAGUGAAGCUGAGCAGCCUGUUGGGGAAAAAAGGCAGCCUGGACAAGCUGCAGAGUUACUGGGAUGUGGGCUUCUUCCUGGGCGCCAGCAUCCUGGCCUGUGACAACACCAGGGUCAUCCAGGCCUCUGAGAAACUCUUCAAACUCAAAGCCCCCAUCUGGUACCUGUGCUCACUGGUGGAGACCAUCUUGAUCUACCAGCAGUUUAAUAAACCCAGCGUGGAGCAGCCGGCACCCAAGCAGGAGCUGGUGGAUUUCUGGAUGGACUUUUUGGUGGAGGCCACCAAGAAAGACGUCUCCUCUGUACGAUUUCCUGUGCUGAUACUAGAGCCCACUAAAGUGUACCAGCCUUCGUAUUUGACCAUUAACAAAGACGUGGAUGACAACACAGUGUCCAUCUGGCACGUCGCUCCUGAUGACAAGAACAAGGGGAUUCAUGAGUGGAACUUCAGCGCCACAUCAGUCCGAGGUGUCAGCAUCUCCAAGUUUGACGAGCGCAGCGCCUUCCUCUACGUCCUUCACAAUGCAGAGGACUUCCAGAUCUAUUUCUGCACUGAGAUGCACUGUAGAAGAUUCUGCGAUCUGGUCAACAGCAUAACAGAGGAGGCCUGGAAGAGUCCCGAGGAGGGAGACUGUGACACUGACGCCUUGGAGUAUGACUAUGAGUACGACGAGCAUGGAGAGAGGGUGGUUCUGGGAAAAGGCACAUUUGGGGUGGUGUACGCAGGCCGAGACCUCAGCAACCAGGUUCGACUGGCCAUCAAAGAAAUCCCAGAGAGAGACAGCAGGUACUCUCAGCCGCUACAUGAGGAGAUCGCUCUUCACAAGCACUUAAAGCACAAGAACAUCGUCCAGUACCUGGGAUCCAUCAGCGAGAACGGCUUCAUAAAGAUCUUCAUGGAGCAGGUGCCUGGAGGGAGUCUGUCUGCACUGCUGAGGUCCAAGUGGGGCCCUUUGAAAAACAACGAGUCCACCAUCGGUUUCUACACGCGGCAGAUCCUGGAGGGGCUCAAAUACCUGCACGACAACCAGAUAGCACACAGAGACAUCAAGGGGGACAACGUUCUCAUCAACACCUACAGCGGCGUCCUGAAGAUAUCCGAUUUUGGCACGUCCAAAAGGCUGGCUGGGAUCAACCCCUGCACUGAGACUUUCACAGGCACACUGCAGUACAUGGCUCCUGAAAUCAUAGACAAGGGUCCUCGGGGAUACGGCAAGCCAGCAGACAUCUGGUCUCUGGGCUGCACCAUCAUAGAGAUGGCAACUGGGAAACCACCUUUCUAUGAACUGGGAGAACCACAGGCUGCUAUGUUCAAGGUUGGCAUGUUUAAGAUCCACCCAGAGAUCCCAGAGUCCAUGUCGCCGGAGGCCAAAGCCUUCAUCCUGCGUUGUUUCGAGCCCGACCCGGACCGUCGUGCCACGGCUUUGGACCUGCUCACCGACGAGUUCCUCACCGUCACCAGCCGCAAGAAGAAGAGCAAGAGUAGCCUCACAGCGCUGACACCGGGGUCAGAGUACCUUCGCAGCAUCUCCCUGCCGGUGCCGGUGGUGGUGGAGGACACCAGCAGCAGCAGUGAGUACGGCUCCGUCUCCCCUGACAACGACCUCAACUCCAACCCCUUCAUCUUCAAGCCCAGCGUCAAGUGCUACAGCGAGAGGGAUGUCAAAGGGCCCAGGUCACUCUUCCUCAGCAUUCCAGUGGAGAACUUUGAAGACCACAGUGCGCCUCCAUCUCCCGAUGAGAAGGAUUCGGGCUUCUUUAUGCUCCGGAAGGACAGCGAGAGACGAGCCACCCUGCACCACAUCCUGACUGAGGACCGGGACAAGGUGGUGGCCAACCUGAUGGAGGCCCUCACACAGGGCUCUGAGGAAAUGAAGCUGAAGCCUCAGCACAUCUCCACCCUCGUGGUCAGUCUGGGCGACUUUGUUCGCAUGGCGGACAGGAAAAUCAUCGCCAACACGCUGUCUCAACUCAAGCUGGAGCUGGACUUUGACAGCACCGCCAUCAGUCAGCUGCAGGUCGUGCUGUUUGGCUUCCAGGAUGCUGUGAACAAAGUGCUGCGAAACCACAACAUCAAGCCUCACUGGAUGUUCGCUCUGGACAACAUCAUCCGUAAAGCUGUGCAGACGGCCAUCACAAUCCUGGUGCCAGAGCUGAGGCCUCACUUCAGUCUGGCCUCAGAAAGCGACCCAGCCGAGCAGGAGGACGUUGAUGAUGACAUCGAGCCGGAGAGAAACUCCACCCACCAGAGCCGGGCGCCUCCUGUUGCAGCUCACGACGACACCGUGGCCACCUCGGGAGUCAGCACGCUCAGCUCCACCGUCUCACACGAGUCCCACAAUGCACAGCGCUCUGUGAGCAUGGAGCUGGGCAGGAUGAAGCUGGAGACCAACAGGCUGCUGGAACAGCUGCUGGAGAAGGAGAGAGAGUAUCAGGCCAUCCUGCAACAAGUGCUGGAGGAGAGAGAGCAGGAGAUCAGACUACUGAGGCUGCGAUCUGAGCCUGCAGACGUCCCUACAUCAUCAGAUGGUCCUGAGGUCCAGAGGAGUCCACCUUCACAGAGACAGGAAGACCCGGAUCUGACCAGCUGGUUGAGGCUUUACGGUGCUGACCAGGACUCCAUAGACAGAAUACUGAAUGAGGAGUACACGCUGAACGACAUCCUCCACGAUGUAACGAGAGACGAUCUGAAGAGUCUAAGACUGAGAGGUGGGAUCCUGUGUAAGCUAUGGAAGGCCAUCACAGACCACAGAAGGCAGAAGCCGAUCUGAGGCCUUAAGCGGCGACAACCACUCAGAGAAGUCAGGACUUUUGUCCCAACAACUCAGUAUUCUCCUCUUUACCUCAGUAUUUAUAAGAGUAAGACUUUUAGGAGAAGACCCUGUGUUUGCCAUGUGCGCAGAGCAGCUUUACACUCUUACAAGACACUCCGUGACUUGUCAUGUCGGGAGUAUUUUGAUAAUUUUGAAAAAUUUUAGAUGGAAAAAAAAAACCACAUACUUUGAAAGCAACAAUUACUGAGAAGUGCCACUAGUUUUGCUAUGCCUUAUGGAUAUUACACAGCUUUUUGUUACAGAUGCGUUAGAAAUGACAAUUGGGUGGAAAAUCUAUUGUUAAAAUCUUGAAAUCUGUCGAAACAUUUUCACCUGUCUUUACAAGACAUAACGUUUACAAAACACGAGAACGACCAUUUUCUAAAACAAGCCUGAGAUACAAAAUACUACACUCAGAAUCAUCUGUACUAAUGUUUCUAUCAUAGACGUCUUAUCACUACUUUAUUUAAAUGUAUUUUUAAUUUAAUUGUUAUGGUAAUCUGAAGGAUGUCAGUGCAUGCCCUGUUUUUUUUUUUUUUUUUUUGUUUUGUUUUGUUUUGUUUUGUUUUGUUUAUCCAUACUGAGACUUAUUUAAAUUGUUGAUGCUUUUUUUCACAUUUCCUUUUAUAAUAUGAAUCUACAUUUUUAUUUUUCAGAAACAUGUAAAUAUUGUGUUAUAAAAUUUUAUGUGACUGACAAUUAUGUACUUAAAAAAAUACAUUGAUAAACAUUGUUAAAUCUCCAUGUGGAUUGGACCGAGUCUAUCAUGAACACAUCUGAAAAAUGAAUUGUAUAGUAUUGUAUUUUCUAUUGUCAGAAAUUCUGAGAUAAUAUUCAGCUAGUGAUUAAUAUUACAUCAAAUCAUUUGCUCCAUUUUUACUGUUGUACACUGACAAAAUUGUGCUUAUCUUGCUUGUGUGGAAAUCAUCAUUCAGUCAGAUGUUUGCUGUAAUGAAAUUCCUGAAAUGCAAACAAAUUUCAAAUGGAAGAGCCUUGACCUUCUUUUUAUUUUAAAACAUGAUGUCAGAAAUGGGGAAAAUAAUCAUGAGCAGUGUGUGUCCAUUUGUUUCAUAUCUAAAGUUAUUCAAGAUUUUUGUGUCGUAUUGUUAAAAAUAAAACUUUUCAUCUUGAAACUGUGAAA